AUGCGGCGCGGACUCUUGAUCUUUAUUUUGGUCAACCUCCUCAUCUUAUCAUUUCUCAUUCGAAGCGUUUCAACACUGUUGGCGCUGUUAGUCGAAGAUGCCUCUGCAGACGCCAUUCAUCGUUCGGAAUUGCCGUCGCCUAAUUCAAGUCUGAUUGAAACACGCCCUCAGAUCAUUCCUAAGAUCAUUCACCAGACCUACAUAAAUGAGUCCAUCCCCUUGGUCUGGCAGGAGGCUCAGCAGAGUUGUAUUGACUUGCACCCUGACUACGAGUAUAUCCUCUGGACCAACGAGAAGUCGCGCGAUUUCAUUGCUGCUGAAUACCCCUGGUUCUUGGCUACUUUCGACGGCUACAAGUACCCCAUACAGCGCGCAGACUCCAUUCGGUACUUCGUUCUGGCGCACUAUGGUGGCACAUAUAUCGAUUUAGACGACGGUUGCAACCGUCGCCUCGAUCCCCUACUCGCCUAUCCGGCCUGGGUGCGUCGCACAGUACCCACCGGUAUCUCCAACGACGCCAUGGGCUCCGUUCCCCAACACCCCUUCUUCCUCCGUACCAUCGAGUUGUUGCAACAGUAUGACCGCAGCUGGCUGCUCCCCUACAUCACGGUCAUGUACACGACCGGCCCACUGUUCUUGUCGGUGAUCUGGAAGGAGUACAUGGCAGAUAAGCCCAGCGAGGCAGGUCGUGUGCGCAUUCUGAUGCAGGAUGAAUACAACCGCUUCUCUUGGAGCUUCUUCACCCACCACACUGGAAACAGCUGGCACGGCAAGGAUGCGCGUCUGAUCUUCUGGAUGGGUCAACACUGGGUUUUCCUGACCUUCAUGGGAUUCGCCGUCGCUGGCAUAGUCGGAAUCUGUCUCUGGUGGACAUACGGUCGUGUGGCGCUCUUAGGAGCCCAGUACCGUUACCGCUACACCAAGGUGCCCUCGAUCAUCAGCUCCCGUCUCUCCUCUUCGCCCACCCGGCGUGCGCGACGCAUGAUGCCCACCCUCCUCCGACGGGUCAGUUUCAAGGAAGACGAAGAAUCGGCCGGCGUCACCGAGACCUCAUACGAGCUCGGACGUCGUGACGACUAA